AUGCUUGCUCCAAAAAGAACAGGCGUUCUGAAAUUUUUUGCAUUUAUAAUAGAUUUUCUAGUUGGCAUAAUAGAUGCUUUAUACUUAGGAAUAACCAUUUUCUUUGAUUUCGGAAGAUAAUCAGAUACAUAUACACGAGAAGAAUUAAAUUAUUUAUCUAAUAGAUGGAAGAAGUAUUUUAGUAUAACCUACUGGUGUCCAAAAAGACUAUAUUAAAGACCAAAUAGGCCAAAUAGACCUGAAUUUGAUGGUUCUGGAAAUUCUAUGAGCAAUUAAAAUGAUGGAAGUGAUGAUUUUAAACCUAAAAGACCUUUUGGUAGAGUAAGAUAAUCAGAAGCUAGUACAUUUAGAUGUGGUGGUGGUGGAUGA